AUGCUUCUGUUUUUUGUGCAUUUUUUGUUCUUCAAUAAAAUGAGCUCUUACGUAGCCAACUCGUUUUACAAGCAAACCCACGAGGCGUCUGCCUACAACAUGCACAGUUUUGGCAGCUAUGGAUCGCUCUCCGAGCUCCAUCCGUCCAGUUACUGUUACGGAGGGCUCGAUCUCAGCGGAUCCUUCACUUCACAAGCUUCUUCGAACUCCCACAAACGGGAGGAGAUGAGCGUGAAUCUGCGUGGCAGUCCAGACGCCCAAGCGCCACGGCCACAGUCUUGCUCGGCUCUGAGCUCCCCCAACGGGCAGCGCUCCCUCCGGCUCGGUCUGUUCUCUCACAGCAGCGAGGGGGACACGGAGUUGAGCCACAAGCCCGGCGGCAAGACAGCAGCAGACGACAUUAAAGUUGAAACAAUGCAAACCGUGCAGCCAGUAACACAACAAAAUAACUCGGGCCAGCCUCAAAGCAACCAUCAGCAGCCGCAGAUAUAUCCGUGGAUGACAAAGCUGCAUAUGAGUCACGAAUCUGACGGUAAACGGUCACGGACCAGUUACACCCGCUACCAGACUUUGGAGCUGGAGAAAGAGUUCCAUUUCAACCGGUACCUGACCCGUCGUAGACGUAUCGAGAUCGCUAAUAGCCUCUGUCUGAACGAGAGACAAAUUAAAAUUUGGUUCCAGAAUCGACGCAUGAAGUGGAAGAAGGAUUCAAAGCUGAAAUUAAAAGAAUCCAUGUAAAGAAUGUGUGGGACUGCAGUUGGUCUCUAAGAAAAAAAUAAAUAAACUGUUGAUGAAACAUGAUGAGGCCAUAAAAUCUUCCAGCACAACCCAUACUCGUACGCAGUAAAUUAUUAUUAGAACUUUCCAUGUUUUGGAUAUGUAUGUGUAAAAUAUGCCUAUGUAUAGCUUAUGUGGCGUUAUGUUAUAACUGUCAUCAUUAUUUAAGUAAGCUAGUUGAUAUUUUGUGACGACGAAUGUUUCGACGCGCUCAGUAAAUCGUGGGAGGGGCUCUGUGGACUCAGGCCACGCCCAUCCGUCACCUAAGAAACUGAAUAUGGACAUGGGUAAAAGAGAUGAGACUUCAGGAAAAAAAAAUCGUUUAAUUUCACUUUCUUUAUAUUUCCGAACAUAUUUAUGUCAGUAGAUGAAAUUAUAUGACAUCAUACGGAGCAUGCUGGUUUGUAAGGGACUGGCAUUGAUUCAGAUGUAUUUGUUGAAUCACGGAAAAAGUGAGUUGUACUUAAAUCCACUGCGGACAGUGUUCCAACCGUGCAUCUAAAUGACAAAGGUCCUACGAGACUUUCUAGCUCUGUAAACAGCAAAUGUUCCGCUACACGUGGUGACAGUAGGCCUCUCAUUGACACAAUCAAACUUCGUUUUUUUAACGGUUAUUCAUAGAAUAAUUCGGAAAUGACGAAUGCUGGAUUCUUUGUGUUUCA